AUGGAAGUGUACAUCGAUGACAUGCUAGUAAAGAGUGUCAGGGCGUCCAACCACCUGACAGACCUUGGAGAAACUUUUACCAUCCUCCGAGAAUACCAGAUGAAACUGAAUCCCGCGAAAUGCAUCUUCGGAGUCAGCUCCGGUAAAUUCCUCGGGUUUCAAGUUAGCCAGAGGGGCACUGAAGCAAAUCCCGACAAGAUCAAAGCACUCCUCAACAUGAAAUUCACCACUCCGAGCGAAGAAGAGAUUAGUACAGAAGUCGAGACGACUCCUUCGCCUAUUUCCCCAAGCGAUCAAAAGGCAUCAUCAGAACUAGGAUGGGUUCUCUAUGUUGACGGGUCAUCCAAUGCCAAACGAGCCGGGGCAGGAAUUGUCUUGAUAGCACCUGAUUCCACACCCAUUCAGUAUGCGAUUAGACUCAGUUUCAAGGCCUCUAACAAUGAGGCGGAAUACGAGGCCCUGCUCGUUGGACUCAGACUAGCGGCAAACCUAGGGGUCUACUUCAUUCAGGUCCGAUGUGAUUUCCAGCUGGUAGUAAACCACAUCUCCACCGAGUAUGAAGCCAAGGAAACAAGAAUGAUUGCUUACUUAGAUGAGGUGAGAAAAUUGAUUGAAAGAUAUUGGAGCUGCACUAUCCAUCAGAUCUCCAAAGUAGAAAAUUCAUGGGCCGACGCCUUAGCAAAGUUAGCCUCAGCCACGGAUGGAAAGAUCUCGCGAAUCAUCCCCGUAGAGUUCAUAGAACACCCGAGCAUCGACCAGACGGAGAAGCAAGCGGUCAAUCUAGUGAGUGAUGCUCCGAGCUGGAUGGACCCGAUUUAUAGUUACCUCACAUUUGGUGAGGUCCCUUCGGACAAAUUGGAAGUGAAGCGCCUGAGAAUUAGGGCAGCAAGAUACAUAGUUCUGGAUGGGAUAUUAUAUAAGAAAGGGCAUUCGCAGCCCUACCUCAGGUGCCUCUGA